AUGGAAGAAGAAUACGUCGACCCUUCGCCCGUCUGGGACAGCCUUGACAUCGACCUCUUCGUCAAGGUCGCUAAUAACACCAUAUUCAGCCCGUUCUUCCUUAUGUUGGUCCCUACAUUUUAUCUCUUCCAGGGAGCCAAAGUGACGGACUUCACCGUCGUCUCCUCCUUUGUGUACCUCGUUGUCGUCUCCACCUUCUGGGCAAUUAAAUGGCUUUCGCAUCUACAGUACAACAAAGCCAGCUUUUUAUAUGCUCCGCGGCCGUUGGAAUGGAGUGACCAAAUCGUAGUCAUUACUGGCGGCUCUUCUGGUGUUGGAGAGCUUCUAGCCAAUACACUAGCGGUCAAGAGUGUCACUGUCAUCGUCCUAGACGUCAAGCCCAUCCACUCCCAGAAUUACAACAUCAACUAUUACAAGUGCGAUGUAAGCAAGUGGGAGGAGGUUGACGCGGUUUCAAAAAAGAUCAUUGAAGAGAUUGGUCAGCCCACUAUCCUGAUUAACAACGCUGGCGUUGUUCAGGGUAAACUUUUGCUUGAUUUGGAUCCUGAGGACGUUCAGCAGACUUUUAAUGUCAACACACUCUCUCACUUCUGGACCCUCAAGGCUUUCUUACCGGGUAUGAUUGAGAAGAAAAAAGGUCACAUUGUGACCGUAUCAUCUAUCAUGGGAUUGCACGGAGUCGCCCAGUUGUCCGACUAUUGCGCGUCUAAGGCUGCACUUGUUAGCCUCAAUCGGUCACUGAGAUCGGAACUUGACAAGCGAUACAACUGCCCUGAGGUCCGAACCACACUGCUCUGUCCUGGCCAUAUCCACACGCCGUUGUUUGCGACGGUCAACCGACCAAAUCAAUUCUUCUUCCCAACGUUGCAUCCUAUUGAUGUUGUUAAGCCGAUAAUCCAAGCGUUAGAUGAUACUCUAGGACAUACGAUUCUCCAGCCGUUCUAUGCCAACUUCACACCAUUCCUGUCGGUUCUGCCGCACUGGGUUGCCGAUAUCAUGACGUGGUUUUCGAAUGCAGAUUUCGCCAUGAAGGAUUUUGUGAAGCUUUCUGGGCGGAGGGAGGCGGAAGGGCCAGCGCCAACAGUAGAUGAACGCAGCAACCAUGUAAAGUCGGAUUAG